AUGGAACUUAUGUGGGCGAGAGCCCCCGAGCUGCCAGCCUACGAAAAUGGGCCAGUGAAGGUGCCUGCAUCAGAAGAGUAUGUGCCCGCUAUUUCGAUAGAGGGUCUACCUCGAAAAGUACGCUACGGAGACUUUGUGACUGGCACGGCGGUGAUAUCUCCUCGGGCACGGCUCACCAACCAGCCGAUACAGGUUGAGCUUUUGUGCGCGGAGCGCUUACUGCGUCCACGCUUAGGAUUUGCAGACGAAUACAAUCGGUAUUAUGUCGCCAGCAAGACCAUGAUUCCGAAUACAACAGAAAUGCAGGCGGAUGCCCGCUACAAAUUCGCCUUCUCACUUCCCGUACCUAUGCCACUGGAGAGCAAAUGCGAGAAUUGUGACGGAUUUGAUUUUUUAAUACCGCCAUCACAGGGUGGUGGCAGAAAACCAGAUAAAACAGCAAUGAAAUAUUCUGUCAUUUGGUUCGUCAAGGUGUCAUUGGUAAACCGUCUUGAAUACACUCUGCGCGAUAUUGAGAUUAUUGCAAACACACAGCUACCGUUCGAAGGGCAUUACGCAAAAAAAAUUGAAGCAAGUCAGAGAUUAGUGGAGGGUCUGUUGAAGAAACACUCUCUAGGAAUCUUAUCAGCCGAGGCUAAACCGGUUCUUGUCAAUUCAUGUGAAAGAAGGACCUGUUCUGUCAAUAUUUCAUUGUCUUAUUUCCCAACCAAAGCUCAGGGUCUGCGCAAAACGGUAAAGGCGUUUACAGUUAGCUACAGCCUGUCCCAAGUUGUAGAGUCGCGAUCCCUAGAUGGCUUCUGUGCCGCCGGUACCUCUGUGGAACCAUUCAAAAACCAAUCUGUUCUAGCUCACGCCAAAGUACUGUCGCAUACUCAGUGGGAUGACAAUGCUGCAAUUUUGUCGUUCAACGUUGAUUUGCCUGACAACCUCGUUCUCAGCUAUUCGACCUGCCUUUGUACUUCGUCGUACGGGCUUAGAGCAACCAUCAAGCAUGCACAUGGAUCUCUAUCAAUUGAUAUACCCCUGUGGCUUUCAUUUGCUCCUCCAUCAUACGAAUGA